UGUCCAGUUUCCUUAAGCAGAAAGUGGAAUCAAUUAAAGUAGUGUUAUUAUGGUGUCAAAAACUUAUGUUUCCCGUUCGAGCAAAAUGACGUGAUUUUCGUAAUAAAUAUUUAUCGAGACAACAUGUGUUGUUGAACUAUUCGCAAUCAUGAUGCAGUCGACUUCGGAAGGGUGUAUGAAUAUCGCCGAAUUGGCGAAUCAAUUGAGACGGGAAAAGAUAUUUAUCAAUUCGGAGAAGCAGUUGCUUCAGAAUCUCAACGAGGAAGUGGAGAAGAGUGCUUUGGAGUUGCUGCAGUCGGCAUGGAUAUGUUCCCAGCAGCGUCAGAACCUCACAAACUUGAUAACAUCUCGAUGCGAAGCUGAAUCUAUAGCUGCUUGUCAGCGAGCCAGCCUGCUGGAUCAUACCACUUUCGUAGAUGUCUAUAAAGUGUUAAAAUACAAGGAGGCAACAGCACUUGGAGAGCUGUUAGGAUGGCUGCGGGACUCCCCUCACCUCGUGGCACUAUGCCUCCUCCUCGGCGAAGAUCACAUGCCCCCAAUCCUGCCGUCGUCUCUGGUAGCAGGGUUAUACGGUAGCUGUCGGACGGCAGUGGAUCGAACGCGGUUACUCGCCGUUAUACGGUCCCUGAUUAAGCAUCAUAUGACACCUUCCAGCGACCCUAGAAAAUUGUUCCGCACGGGAAAAUGCGCUUUAGCAUCUCUCUACUCAGUAUUUAGAGAUGGACAUACGCCGGCACGGCAGUUCCUUGUAGCAGCAUUACAGGGGCCAGUUAUGGCUGUGUUACAUGAAGAUGAAUUCUUCCUGGACAUCGAUCCUGAUAAGGCAAUGGAGCGGUUCUCAUCUGCAGACCGCCUAAAAAAAUUCGGUCAUCCAAACAGCCAAGAGUACGCGACUAAAGUAGCGCGUUAUCGCAAAUGGAUUGUGCAAUCAUUGUACAACCUGACCAGCAAGUUCAUCGUGUCGUUACGGGAGCACUGGUCGAACUUCCCCGCAACUAUUGCAUGGAUUGUACAGCAGAUUGUGCAUUUGCUUAAACAACAUACUAGGAUAUCAGAAAAGGAGCUGCACGCGAUAUGCACGGACCUGGUGUUGAACCACUUCAUCUGCCCCGCGAUUGUCAACCCAGAGGCCCAUGGCGUAGUGGAAGUCCCUGUGUCCUAUAUCGCUAGGUUCAAUCUCAUACAGAUCGCUCAAAUCAUGCAGAUGCUGUGCCUUGCACGGUUCCAAGAGGCUGAGCCAAAAGUACGGGAUCUAUACACGAAAUUCGAGCGUUCAUGCGUCUGGUCGCUAGUGGAGAGCGUGAUGAGUGAGGCAUGUGCGCCCGCGCAGGUCCCACCUGCAGCUGACACUGCGCUGCGGACGGACCACGUCAGGAACACUACUAUUGCACUGUUCACUGCCAACGAUGCAUAUUUAUUAGUAACGUUCCUAAAGCGAAUCUCGUCAAAGCUGAAUAACAAUACCCCAAGCCUCACUUCCGAAGAGCAAUCCUCCAGCUCCGGGCCAGUUGCUGAGGCCGCCGCUUUUAGUGAGUCGAGCAGCGACAGUUCAAGUGGCGCGAGCGCUGAAGCGUGUGCUGCGCGUCUGGCCGCACUGCUGCAGACCCUCGAACCCAACUACCGCAGCAGACUGCACGACCUGCUCAGGAAGAUGCCUGAUCUGUCAAAACUCAGACAAUCCCCACAAUCAGAAACCAAAGACAAUCCCGUGGAAAACGGGCACAGUAAGAAGAGCAUCCUUGCGAAAGUGCCGAAACCGCGAUUGCCGCGUACCGGAAGUGCCAACUCAAACUUGUCUAUGCACUCUAACGAAGACAAACCUCUCAACGGGAGUGCUGAAAAAGACGACUUGGAGCACAUCGAAGUGCUGAUUAUUAAGCUGGCUAAUAUUGAGGACCAUGAAUAUAUUGGUCUCGUCCCGGAAUCGAAAGUGUUGGAGUGUUACUACGGAGGUUCUGAAGCAGGUGACGCCGACGACAACGGUUCUGCGCUCGCUGUGGCUGGGCCUGGUGCGCCUGUGCAGAAGAGAACUAGGUUUUCAGUAUCCCACGAUGAGGUAUCAUUGGGAAAUACAUCGGAUAACUUAGAGGCGGUGUCAGAAGCAGCGUCUAAUCACAGCGUCACGUCCAGCUUGGAGCUCGAAACUGAGGACCAGAAUGAUAAUCUUUCAGAUAUGGUAUCGGCGAACGUAAGCGGUCGCGGCAGCCCUAACAUCUCAGGUCGAGAGACGCCUUCGUCACAGGUGACGGACGGUGACGCCGCGGGCGAUGCCCCACCAAGGCGUCUGCCACAAAACGUACCAAUCAGUCAAGCUGGCAGUGCGCAGGCGAAGCUACUCAAGCAGACCAGGAACGAAAUCGAAGACAAGUUCUGCAAAUUCGAGAUAACGAAACUUCUGGAAGGCGAUGAGACCAUCAGCAUAAUGUCUGACACGUGGAGUACAGACGUACUGGCCUCCGAUUCGGAAACCAUUGGGGACUCUUGCGAUCAGACGCAAGUGGCCGCUAACCAAGGUGCUAAUGCGAAUAAUACAAACGCGCCAGACGUAUCGGAGACAGCCAGCGAGUCUGCCUGGAGCAUGGAUGUCUUGGCUUCCGACAGCGAUCGCAACACUGAGGUGGACACAGAUGAUUGUGUGUCAGUGGCUGCAAGGUCAGACACCUCUUGGCCGCGCAGACCUUCACAUCAGGAGGACUCCACUCCAGUGAAAAUGUCCAACCAGAACGGAAGCGCAAAAAGACCAGACGUGAACAGUCCAAGGCAUACUUCGAGAUCUUGUUUAUCUAACAGGUCUGGCGGAGGUUACCUAAGUGCAACAGCAGCACUGUCUCGAGGCGGCGAGCUCGAUUUAGCGUCGCAAGGACCACAGCACUUCCUUGAAAAUAGGAAGAGCAUACUCGUUAACGGGUAUCCGGUACGGGUAAUGACUUGCUACGCUACGUCAGCCCCUGAGAGUCCGAGCACAUCUGCGCCUGCCGCGAUGCCUAACGAUGUAUUCGAUUAUGUUCCGCAAAAUGGAAGUAGUGCACCAACUGAAUCGACCUUGGAAGGUGGGAAAAGCCAAUCAGACGCAACCAGCCAAUGGGUGGAUGACUCAUUCCCGCAGCGAGCCAACGAUCCCCACCACUCGCCAGACGCUCCUUUCCCUUCCACUUCUAAGUACGACUUGCCGUCGACUUCGAAGCCUUACGACGACAAUGAUCUUAUGGAUAGGUCACUUAACUCCAGUGAAAGCUCGUUCAACGCCCUGUCAGUCUCCCAAUACGACCGUCGCUUCGACUCGGGCAUCGACACGGAGCGCCAAGAAACAGAAUCUCGAUCCACAAUAACGGACCUGAUGACUCGAAUGAGCUCCGCCACGAUAUCCACAUCUGCCAACUUGGUCAACAAUUUAACAUCUCGAAUAGUGAAAUCCGAAAUGCGAACGAGUAUUGUAAGCAUUAGUUCUUCGAGAAUCGAGAAGAAAAGGGACGGUACUAGUAAUAUGUCGUUGAGUACCUUGUCGGUGAACAGUGCAGAGACUUCUGUGUCGGAUAAAAGUUCCAGUCAGGAUGUCAACUCGGAGAAUGUGACGGAGAGACGUGUGAGUCCGCCGCCUGUUAAGCCUUCCACUGGGGCUAUACCGAAGAGUAUCAGUUUCGACGCUACAGCAGAAAAGUCACAGAGGAGACGAAUAUCAGGCGAAGAUGGACUGGUAGGCAAUUUAGACGAGUUGAAGAACAAUGUGAAGCGCUCUGGCGGCAACUUGCUGCACAAGAUCAAAAUGUUCCGUCAGAAGGGACGUUCUCACACGCAUAGCAACGAUAUUAAGCUACCCGAAGAAGAAGCCCGUAGCGAUGACGGUUGCCGCGCAGAUGGCAGCGUCGAAAGUUCAGAGGAUAUUUUGGCCAAAUACAGACGCAAGUCUUCCACCGACUCGAGCAAGCAGCGCCGGAGUCAGCGACGUAUCUCUGACGUGCCAGACGCUGACAUGGACAGAUGCGAAGGCGUAGUGGACUUAAACGAUCCCGAGGUGUUCAACAGCAUGAAGCGUAAAUUGCGCGUCGUGCUCUCCAACUCUGACCUGCAUUGCGUCGAGUAUGUUCCUAAUCGUUGCACAAGCUCUUCGCUAGUGGAAUGGGUGCGAGCCGCAGCCGCGUGCGCAACUAACGAAGCCGGCGCCGCUCACGCCGGGGAAUUGGCUCGAGCACUUGCUGCCAGCGGCAGUCGCUGCUCGCGAUUGGCCGCCGCGUUGAGGGCAGAUUUGGCGGCGAGGAGACCGUAUGCCGCCUAUCUCGCAUCCUGCAGGGCCGGGCUAACUAACACUCUACAUGCGCUUAAUACCCAAAUCAGCUUAGUGCGCUCCGAGUGCGUGUCAUGCGCCCGCGCAGCGGCCGCAGCGCGCGUGCUGGAGCAGCUGGAGCGCGGCAACUCCUUGAGGCGCCUCGCGCGGCAUCACCACGCGCACAACAACCACGCUAUGCACAACGGUGGUGAAUUAAUGGACGAGAAAGCAACUAGACUGACGGCGAGCAUAAAAGCGAUAACGACCGAGGUGAAGGCCGAUCCGUCGUGGGAGAACGCGUCGCCCAUGCUGCUGGAAAUGGCCGAGAUUACUGUGGAACGAGCAGCGUUCGCCAGGCUUUACUUACAUGUGCUGUUCCCGAACGGGGACGGAGAUAUUGCACGGGAUCAGGUGCUGUGGGAGCACAUCCGGCGGCUGGCCAGCUGCACGGGCGCCCGGCGCGCCGGCGUGGCCCCGCGCCACCUGUGGGCCGCGCCCUUCCCGCGCGCGCAGCUGCAGCUGCGGCACCUGCCCGUCUACCGCACGCCCAGGGACAAGCUAUUAUGCAUAAUGCGGUGCGUGCGCUGCAUCAUGGCGGUACUGGGACUAGGCGAAGGCGCCGCUCCCGCAGCCGACGACCUCACGCCCGUGCUCGUCUACGUCAUACUCAAGGUGAACCCCCCAUCACUGCUAUCAACGAUCGAGCUGGUGAAUGCCCUAGGAGGCUCAGCGCUCCAGGGCGAAGCUUUGUACUGGUGGACGCAGUUCUGCGCAGCAGUCGCCUACAUCAAGACCAUGGACUAUCCCAGGCAUGAUACCGGAGACUCCUAGCGCCAUCGUACACGCCUGAUGUCAGUGCGUGUCAACGAAUGUAAAUUUUUCCGGUAUCCGGCGCCUGCCCGAGAGCGCCGGCACACCCUCUAAAAUAUAACACACUCAUCCCUUAUAAUUCGAAUGUAUAUUCACAUUAAUAUCACUGACUAACCUUAUUAACGUAUGUUGCAUACGGUUGAAUUCCUUUUAUCAAUGGUCCUGGUUGAUGUACUAUUGCCAAAGUUGGUGGUUUACCACUUUAUAGGUUCUUAGCGGCCACCAGCAGCUUGCUUGUUCUUGACAAUCGAAAGUCGUGGGCGCCUUCAAAUUAGACUUUUAUAGAAGCCACUACUAAUGUUUAUUCAAAAUUUAGAAGCGCAGUUGCAGCGCCACUGUCGUGAUACGCGCACUCUUUUACAGUCACAAUUAGUAAACUAAAACUGACUUCUACAAGCGUUCUAAUUUGAAAACGUUCUAGGGGAUACAAAUUUUAAUUAUAAAGUGUUCACAAGAAAGAACCAACGAAAUAAGAGACGGAGUUAGUUACAAUCUCCGUUUGCAAAGAAAACUGUUUAGGGAUUAGAAGGCUUCAAUUUUGGUAAUAGUAUUUAUGCGGUUUCAUACAAAGUUGCUUUAAUAAAGUAUAGCGUCAUGUUAUAUGUUUUUUCUUCAAUUACAAAUUUUACACUGUUUUAAAUUUUGAACAAAAGUGUUGUAAAAUAUGUACUAUUAUGACCACUCUUUUUAUGAAAUUCUCAACAUUAAUGUCAUGUAAUAAAAAAGGGCUUAUGACAGUUUAGCUUCGAGGAUAUGAUAUCCCAGUCUCAAUAAAACCACAUAGGUAUUAUUAUUUCGAAAAGCAAUUUUUGGGAAAAUUCACAAAAUAUAUAUAUUUGACAAGUACGCGUCACAAGCUAUUUAUAUCCUUAUUGGCUGGUACCGAAUGUGACUAAAUUGUAAAACUAUAUUGUACCAUGUUUUUUUCAUUACCUAUUUCUGCCACCAAGUAGUAAGUGUGAAAUUACUGUGACAGAGCUCCUCAGAUCUUUGCAAUUUAAAGCUCCGAGUGGCACAGCAACUGCUUUGGACAGGCAUGUCGCUUACAACCAGGCGCUGUUCGUCCCGUCACUUACGGUCAUUUAAGAAAUUUUUUUAUUUAUUUUGUCACUUCC